AUGGUAGACUUUGUGAUUCUUUGUACGGGAAGGUUUAACAAUUAUCCCAACAUACCCAAAUUCCCUCCUGGUAGAGGCCCAGAAGCAUUUGAUGGGAAAGUGAUCCACUCCAUGGACUACUCCAAAAUGGGUAGCGAGAAAGCUAAGGAGAUGAUCAAGGACAAGUGUGUGACUAUUGUUGGGUAUGGAAAUUCAGCCCUUGACAUUGCUAAUGAAUGUGCAAAUAUAAAUGGUAAAAAUAUUCAAUCCUCAAUUAAACAGACCUUGUUUCUCUCGGUUAACGAAAUUGAAACAUUGGUAUGGAGAAACCAUGCACAAUGGUUGUCCGAACCAAGCAAUGGAUCAUACCGAACUUCUAUGCUUGGGACUAGUUUCAUACAUGUGUACAUUUCUUUUGUGCGUGAGAAGAGGUUGAUUAUUUCAAAGUUUGCUAAGAGCUACUACUCCAUUCCAAUGAAGAAGCAUGACAUGGUGCCUGACCAUAGCUUUUUUGAGGGGAUGGUGGGGUGUAUGCUUUCCACUACACCCAAGGAUCAUUAUAAGAAUUUAUAG